AUGGAUAUCAACCGGUAUCUUUUUAUUUUUAUCGGAUGGUUAAUUCGAACUAGUUAUCAAAUUGAAUGUCUUCAAUGUACAAGUCCUAUUCGACGUUCUUCACACAAUUGGGAUCAUUCAUGUUUAGAUGGUACUUUACUACCAUUACCAUGUGAAGGAUCAAUUGAUAUAUCAGCAUCAACUUUUAAACAAUGUGUAUCAUCUCUUUAUAGACUAGGUCAACGAGGAAGUGCAGGUGUAUUAAUUUAUCGUGGUUGUACAAAAAUGCAUUCUGUUCCGCAUGACUGUGAUCCACCUGCACCAACUAUAGAUGUUGAGACAACAUUAAAUUUUUAUUGCAGUCUGGCAUGUUCAAUUGAUGGUUGUAAUAGACAUUCAGUUUUAUUUUCAAUGCAAUUUGUUCUUCUCAUGGAAAUAAAGAAAUGA